AUGGAUCCCUCCGUCUUCGAGGAAGCUUUUCCUCCUCUAACGCGCCCUCUCCUUCCUUCCACUGCUGCUGGAAACAAAUCUUCACGUUCGUGGGAUCGCAUCCUCUCUGGACCAACUUCUAAUGCAUGUGAGUUUCUGAUAUCCCCCUUGCCAACAGAAGAAGAAAUCAUCAAUUUCCCCACUGAAGACAUUGCUGAAGCUAUUAAUGAAUGGGAUCAGGCGCUUGUUGGCUACUCUCUCGGUAAGAGACCUUACUAUGAGGCGCUACUUAACUCUGUUAAAAAGCUCUGGAAUCUUAAAGGUAGUCUGAAACUUAUCUCUCUUAGCGAUGGGUUUUUUCUGUUCAAAUUUUCUAACGCGAAAGAUUUCGACCUUGUUUGGAGUAGAGGUGCUUGGUUUAUUCUUGAAAAACCUUUUAUUUUUCAAAAAUGGAAUUCUCACUUUUCCCCAACUCGUGAAGAACUUUUAUCUGUCUCGAUCUGGUUUAAGAUCCAUGAUCUUCCUUUAUGUUGUUGGACCCCUGUUGGAAUAUCAAAAAUUGCCACCAAAGUUGGCCAUCCGCUUGCGGUUGACGCACUUACUGCUUCUAAGUCCAGACUUACCUUUGCUAGGGUUUGUGUUCAAGUUGAUGACAAAGCGACUUUUCCUGAAACUAUACAUAUAUGUGUUGAAGGCAAACUUUUUAACUUAAAAAUUCAAUAUAAAUGGCGUCCUACCUUCUGUGAAUUUUUCGGUUCGCUUAAUCACUCUUCUUCAAAAUGUUCUGCUAAUCCUAACCCUGAAAUUAACCACAUUCCUAAUCCUCCUAGGGGGAGAAGCACUAGUCGUAGACCUAUACCUCAGUCCUUAAACUCGAAAGGUAUUCUCCCUAUUCCUAAUUCUACUACCAUUAAUUCUGAUAUUGUUGGUGAUUCUGCUAAAAACCUUAAAGAUAUACCAGUAAAUACAGAUCAUGAUUUGAUUCCUACUUCGGCUUAUGCUCUUACUAAGGCGACUAAUCAAAACACUCUACCCAUUAGUUCAGCUAUGCAUACUAAUGUUGUGGAUAUUCCAACGAAAGAGGGGGCUGUUCUUAACUCUGAGAUAACUAAAAUUAACAAAAAUGUUGAGCAAUGUCCAUUGACUGAUAAUACUAUCCCUAUUAAUAUUAUAGCAGGGGCAAGCUCUAACAUCCCUAAUCUCAAUUCUCCUACUUCUUUGACUUCCUCUACCUCUGCUUCCAUGUUUCAUUCAGAUGGUCAGAAGGAGUAUAGAGUAACUUCUGCUAACAAGUUUAGCGUGGUUCAAGAUGAUAAUGAAGAUGAUUCCUCUUCAUCUUUGCAUAAUGAGGGAAUGGAAGAUUCCAAAGGUAUCCUCUCUUCUAAUCUUCUGGACCCUUGGUUCUGCUCUACUCACAAAAUUUUUGAAAAUGAGCUCAGCUUCGAUAACUUUGAUCUUGCUACUCCUGCACGCAUAUGGAUAAAAUGGAAUUCAGAUAAAGUCUCUUUUAAUCCUAUUUCUUCUUCUCCUCAUAUGAUUUCGGGUCAUUUAAUGGUGGGGUCUCAAAUUAUCAUGCUCAUCUCUGCUGUUUACGCUUCCAAUUCUUUUGAAGAGAGAAAUAAGCUAUGGGUUGAAUUAAGGGAAGUCAAUCCGCAUGGUGCUCUGCCUUGGGCUGUGAUUGGUGAUUUCAAUACAUGCAGAUUGCAAACAGAGAAAAAAGGUGGGAAUAUUAUCACAAUGGAUAGGCUUUAUCCAUUUAAUUCUUUCAUAUUUGAUAAUAAUUUGAUUGAUCUUCCUUCCACUGGUAACUUUCAUACCUGGUUCAAUCAAAGACAAGACAAUCCCAUUCAUCUUAAGUUGGACCGGGUUUUAGUGAAUGAAACCUGGAUUAAUCAAUUCCCUAACUCUCACUAUAAUGUGUUGAGUAGUCUUGUAUCUGAUCAUACUCCACUCAUUCUCAUAGAUGUCCCUACUAAGAAAACUCCUAAGAGGUUUAUGUAUAAAAACUAUUGGAGCCAUAUUCCGGAUUUCUGGAGCAUUCUUUGA